AUGGUUUUUCUGAAGGUAGUACCUAUGGAGGGUGUUUUGAGGUUCGAGAAGAAGGGAAAGCUAAGUCUACGUUUUGUAGGGUCAUUUGAGAUACUUGAGCGAAUUGACCCCAUAGCAUAUCGUUUGGCGUUGCCUCCCUAUUUUUCUGCAGUUCAUGAUGUGUUUCACGUCUCUAUGCUGAGGCAGUAUAUGGCAGACCCGACACAUGUAGUUGACUUUAAGCCAUUGCACAUUAAUGAGAACUUGAGUUACAAGGAGCAACCCGUUAAGAUUUUGGCAAGAGAUAUCAAAAUGCUUCGUAAUAGAGGAAUUGCGCUGGUCAAAGUUCUUUGGCGAAACCACGGAGCUGAAGAGGCCACAUGGAAGAGACAGGAUGACAUGAGGGCCUAG